AAAUAAGUGGUUUAUUUGGCACACCCAUCUCUACGGAGCAGUUGAGCGAAGGUCCAUUUGCUACGAUUUUGGCGGCAUUCGACUCGUUAACUUCACUUUCCAUUUGAUACAGUCGUCCAUAUAGAGUCAAACCAUUCAAUAMUUAAAUUAAAAUGCCUAAGACUAACAACGUUAAAGUUACUUGCCCUGACGCUGAACUGGAAUUUGCCAUUCAACAAAGCACGACUGGAAAGCAGCUUUUCGACCAGGUCAUUAAGACGCUUGGACUACGUGAGAUUUGGUUCUAUGGGUUAAGCUACGAAGACGAGAAAGGCUACCACACAUGGUUAAAACUGAACAAAAAAGUAACAAGCCAAGAUAUUAAAAAGGGUUCUCCUUUAGAAUUCAACUUUGGUGUUAAGUUUUAUCCUGAAGAUGUUGCUGAAGAGCUUAUCCAGAACAACACGAAAAAAUUCUUCUAUAACCAAGUGAAGGAYGCAAUUCUUAAAGAUCAGAUCUAUUGUCCACCAGAGACCUGUGUUCUCCUGGCAUCAUAUUCAUGCCAAGCAAAGUGGGGAGAUUGCGAGGAGUCGCCUUCAGAGUCSAUUACCAACUUGGAGAAGUUCCUUCCUAAUAGAGUUAUCCAACAGCACAAACUUUCAAAAGACGAAUGGAAAGAUAGGAUAACAUCAUGGUGGAAAGAACAUAGUUACAUGCUUAAACAAGAUGCAAUGUUGGAAUAUUUGAAAAUUGCACAAGAUCUUGAAAUGUAUGGUGUAAACUACUUUGAUAUCAAGAAUAAGAAGGGAACUGAGUUGUUGCUGGGAGUUGAUGCUCUAGGGCUGAACAUCUAUGAAAAAGAGGACAAACUUACUCCUAAGAUUGGUUUCCCAUGGAGUGAAAUCCGAAACAUCUCGUUCAACGACAAGAAGUUUGUCAUCAAACCCAUUGAUAAAAAAGCACCAGACUUUAUCUUUUUUACUGCUCGCCUUCGAAUAAACAAGAGAAUCUUGGCACUUUGCAUGGGUAACCAUGAACUGUACAUGCGCCGUCGUAAACCAGAUACCAUUGAAGUUCAGCAGAUGAGGAAACAGGCUCAAGAAGAAAGAGACGCAGAGCUAUUAGUGGUCAAAGAAAGAAAGAGAAUGAGGGAAGCUCAAGAAGCCUCUUUGCAAGAGAAGCGUGAAGCAGAAGAAAAGCUCCGACUAGCCCAGGAAGAACUGGAAAAGACCAAAACCCAGCAGAAACAGAUUGAAGAGAAUCUCCACAAGAUGCAGACAGAGAAGGAAGAGAGCGACAGGAGGUUAGAUGAGUUGGUUUCAAAGCAGAAUGAACAAGAAGAACGAAUGAAACGACUCCAGGAAGAGAAGGACUCCGUGGAACUUGAAUUCAAGAAGGCACAGGAGGAGCAUGAUGCCAUGAGUGCUGAAGAGAAGGCUGCCAAUGCAGCAAGAAUGGAGGAGAUGAGAUUGCAAAUGGAGGAACAGCAACAGAAGAUUAACAUGGCCAAUGAAGAACAUAGCAAGCAAAGAGAAGAAAUCAGUAGCUUGAAGGUCACGCUGGAACAAAAAGAGGUUGAGCGACAAGCUAUGGAGGAGGAAGUAAAGGCUGUCAGUGCRGACAUGCAACAUACUGAAAACAUUCAAAAUGACAGGUCAGAGGAAUUCCGCGAAACUUUUGUGAAGAAGGAGGACAAGAUGGAACAACUGGCUAAACUAAGUGCUGAGCUUGCUGAAUCCAAGACAGAUAACACAAAGUUGGACCACCUUCAUGCCGAGAAUGUUAAGCAGGGACGAGACAAAUACAAGACUCUAAAAAACAUAAGACAAGGAAACACUAAACAGAGAGUUGAUCAGUUUGAGAACUUGUAAGCCAUAUACUAAGACGCUAAAGACAUCCUUUACUGGGCUGCCUGUGCUUAAUCUAAUUCCUUUAAUAAUAUUGGAAUAUACCCACAAGAUUGUCAUUUUCGACAAAUAUUACAAUGAUAGCUGCAUCCACAGUCUACUAAAGUCCAAUAUAAACACUGAUUUGCCUCUAAUGAUGAUUAUAAUUCAUAUAUCGACACUAGAAUUUGAUAUUAACAAUAGAUGUGAUAACGUCAUUUUGAUAAAAAACUUUUCUUCGCUAAGAAAAUUUACAAAGUGUACAUGAAAUCAUAUUAGAACUUAGGAACCACGCCUUGGUUAUAGUUGCUAGAGGACUGGUGUAAAUUGAGUUUUGUUUAGUCGUUAGCAAGGGUAUGGAYUGUUUAUGAGSUUUUUGCAGUGUCAUACUUCACGUUAUGUAACGAAAGGCACUCGAGAUGUCAUYCAGUAUUUCUACAUCAAUUGACGUCAUUUUGUGUCACGCAAAAUGUCWUACGAGUUUUCUCAGUACGUUUAUGUGUAAGGUAAUGGUCGUGUUAAGCAGCUAUCGAUUUCUUUUUAAGGACGGUUUGCGUGACAUGUUGUCAUUGUGUGAUUUCAUUAUAAAAAUUCACUUGUCACGCAAUCAUCCUUAGAMUGUGAAUCAAUUUACACCCGUUCUUACGGCUUUGCAAGUAAUAAAGAUGAUCAUUGUCAACCGGUAUAAAUUAAUGUAUUAAGGUAGAAUUUGGAAUUACUCAAUGUCAAAAAUUAAGAAUGUUUUCGUUGAAAUUUUUUACAAAAUAGAAUGUUGUGCAUUUAAAGUAA